UGGGGGAAAUUAGGUGGGAGAGAGAAGCUCUUAAGGUGUGGCUGUCAUACGGCCAUGAAACGUCCUGAAGAAGUAUUAAACUCGGAUCCGAACGCAGCCGGGAAGUUUGGAGUGUUGGGUUUUUAAGAAGUUAUGGAACGAAUAACUGCGCUUCUUUUUCUUUUACAGGCGUCAGUAACUGUUGUCAACACAGGUUCACACUCAAUGUGGGUGUUUGCAACAUUUAUUCACGGGCAGACCCAAUUCCCAGAAUUCAGUAUUCUGGGAUUUGUGGAUGAUCUUCAGGUGCUGUACUAUGACCGCAACAUCAAGAAACUUGUCUCUCGAAGCCAACCAAGCUCCACAAAGGGAGUUGAAGAUAUUAUGCUUCUAGGUGCAAACAUUGUGAUAGAAGACAUGUACACUUACAUGAAAAAUCCAUCACAUCGUGCAAGGCUCUUCGGCAAUCACACUGGAGGAGUUCAUGUUCAUCAGAAGCUGGCUGGAUGUGUGCUGGACAAUGACAAGCCCAGUCAGGUCAUGGUGUGGGAUGCUUAUGAUGGAAUAAAAGUGAUGCAUUUUGACUUGCAUAAUCACACAGUCAACCCUCUAUGGCCAGAGUUUAUAUGGACCACAAAGGCAGCAGAGAUUUUUCUAAUGGAAUUAAUAAAUAUUUAUCAGCCUAUUUGUGUCCAAACAUUGAAGUACUAUCUGGAGAAAGAAAAGAACAUUGUGCUUAGAAAAGAGCGGCCCAGAGUCAGACUAAUCCAGAAGACAUGCAGGGAGACUGGAGUGGUGAAGGUGAGCUGUCUGGCCACUGGCUUCUACCCCCGGCACAUCAACCUGACCAUGCUGAGAGACGACCGUCCCAUUCCAGACGAGGAGCUCACUUUUGGGGCGGUGUUACCCAACGGAGACGGGACGUACCAGACGAGCAGAACCCUUAGUAUCAGUUCGGAGACAGCGAGAGAGAAACACCGUUACACCUGCUCUGUCACACACCUUGCUCUGGACAACAAGCUGGACAUCAACUGGGAAUCAGGGGAAGGUGCUGAUGUUGCAGUCAUCAGUUCUGUGGUUGUAGUGCUGGUUCUGGUUCUGGUUCUGAUAUUUGCCAUCCGUGCGUUUAUCGUCUAUAAGAAGAGACGCAGAGGCAUCUAGACCUCCUUUGGAUACUUGCUUGCUAAAGAACUUUGGCCGAGCCAGUGGACGAUUCACCACCCAUGAACAGUGAACUAGUGCUACAGAGGAGAAGACGGAUCAGCACUUUUGUUUUGUUUGGAUUUUGUUUUGUUUGGAUUAUCCAAUUAUUUUGACUAUAUAGCUUUGUAUAUUUGCAGAUUUAAAUAGAUCACUUCAAAUACGUUUUUUAUUUUUUUAAUUGCAGUUUCCAUUAUUUUUAAUGGAAAAAUCAGAUAUUUAACUAAUUCAAUUAAGGUUAGGGUAAUGAAAGUUGAGUCUGAGGGUUGAGGCAAUUCACAGUUGUGUUCAGCAGCUUAAAGAAAGGUUAGGACAUGGGUUUGUUUUUGACCAUAAAUAGAUUUAGAAUAUAUUCAUAUUUUUUUCAGGGAAAUGAUUAUUUUUUAAAUAACCUCAACCAUAUUAUUUUGCAUUUGUAUUAUUUAAUUCAUGAUUUUAGCUUUGUUUUUCAUCAAUUCUAAAUGAGUAAUUAGAUGUUUUCAAAAGUACCUAUGGUUUCAAUUAAGUUUUAGGGCUCAAAUUAGGGUUAGGAAAAUUAGGAAAACAGCGAGUCUGAGGGUUUGAAAAAUGAAAUGACUAACAUUUACAAAGCAUAAAUCAUCUGUUUUCAUACCUUACAUUUUUUAAAAUUUAUUAUUUUAUGUAAUAAUCACAAUGAAAUUUUGAUGCACUACUCAUUACACUGUUUUACAGACCCAGCAACACCGGUGCCAUUCUAUGUUUGUAGUGUCAGUUCUGGGUCUGAUCUUAGGCAUCUCUGCGUUUGCUUCCUGUGAAGGGAAGACUGUUUAAGAGCCCAGGAAAGAGAGGUAGCGUUUACAGGGUCAUCAUGACUUGACAAAGGGUGUUAUUGUGGCCUCAAAGCAUUCCAAAAAAAUGAAAAGAUAACUGAAUUGUGUUGGCCAGAGGUGGUUGUGGCACAAAUAAACCUAACAGAGUGUUUGUGUCAAAGGCAAACACACACACACACGCACACACACACACAAAGAUAUACAUAGCCUAUAGCAGUAUUUAUAUCCUUGCAUGGAAUUAGAGCUUCAAAUAGCUUUGUGUAAAUCCUGAAAUUUACACAAUGUUAUUUUAAUCCUGAAAAAAUAUCCAAAAUCCUAAAAAUAAAGAAAAUGUCUGCAGGUUGGCUGGCAGUGUGUAGUAGUGUUUAGUGAUCAUAAUUAUGUUGCAUUUGAAGAUAAAGUGGAAUACAGAUGUUUUCACCCGGCAAAACAUUCUGCAAAUGUUCAGAUACAAAUAAAAAUCUUUUGUUAAACA